CAUUAGCUACACACAUUCUCCAUAGAGAAGUCAGAAAUCACAGUUCCGUUCUUCUCUCUCGCGAUUCGCCGCCGAUCGAAGAUGCAGAAGGCUACGCUACAAGCUCUCUACAUCCCGCCUUUCAAACUAGCCGCAGCGAAGAAUUCCGGCGGCCGGAGCGACGACGAAGCCUACCAGAGACUCGCCUGGGAAGCUCUGAAGAAGAGCAUCAACGGCCUGAUCAACAAGGUCAACUCGUCGAACAUCGGCAACGUCAUCCCGGAGCUCUUCGCCGAGGACCUAAUUCGCGGCGCCGGCCUCCUGUGUCGAUCCUGCCUCAGGUCGCAGAUGGCCUCCCCGUGCUUCACCGACGUGUUCGCCGCGGUGAUCGCCGUCGUCAACUCCCGGAUCCCGGAGAUCGGAGAGCUCCUCCUGAAGCGGAUCGUCUGGCAGCUCAACAAAUCUCUCCGCUGCAACGACAAGCCACGGCUCCUCGCGCUUGCGAAGUUCGUCGCGCACCUCGUCAACCAGCGAGUCGCGCACCACACACUCGCACUCGAGCUGCUCCACCGCCUGCUCGAAAACCCUAGCGACGACGGCGUCGAGCUCGCGGUCGCCUUCCUGAUGGAAUGCGGAGCGCUCCUUCACGACCUCUCGCCGAGAGGACUGGCCGCGUGUUUCGAUCGAUUGCGCGACGUCCUGCACGAGGGGGAGAUCGACAAGCGAGUGCAGUUUCUGAUCGAAGGCCUGUUCGCAAUUCGAAAGGCGAAUUUCAGAGGUUACCCUGCGAUUCGGCCCGAGCUGGAUCUCUUGGAGGAUGACCAGCAACUCACUCAUGAUGUUUCUCUCGACGAUUCGGGCGUCGAUCCGGAGCUAGGUCGGAAUGUGUUCAAAUUCGACCCCGACUAUGCUCUACAUGAGUCCCAAUUCGAAGCGAAAAAGAAGAGCAUUCUCGGCGAUCAGGACGAAGAAGAAGAAGAAGAAACAUCCACCGGUUCAGAAUCUGAAUCCGACGAAUCGGAAGAAGAAGAUGAUCUCGAGAUCAAGGACAAGACCGAGACAGAAGCAGUGGAGCUCCGUCGGACCAUCUACCUGACGAUCAUGAACAGCCUGAGAUUCGAGGAGCUUGGACACAAGCUGCUCUCCCUAAACAUUGCACCAGGGCAGGAGCUGGAGAUUUGCAGGAUGCUAGUAGAGGCUUGUGCACAGGAGAAGACCUACAACCGGAUUUACGGUCUCGUAGCCCAGCGGCUCUCCAUGAUUCGCCUAGCCUAUCGGGCGAAUUUCGAGAAGUGCUUCGCGGAGCAGUACUCGACGAGCCACCGUCUGGAGACAAACAAGUUGAGAAAUGUGGCCACAUUGUUCGCGCACUUGAUUGCAACUGAAGCAUUGCCGUGGGAUGUUUUGGGAUAUGUUCGGCUGUCCGAGGAGGACACGAACUCGUCGUCGAGGAUCUUUGUGAAGUAUCUGUUUCAGGAGAUGUCGGAGCAGCUGGGGAUUCGGAAGCUGAACGAGAGGCUGACAGAGAAUGCUGCUGUGCUGGGGGACUCGAUUUUUCCGAAGGAUAGUACGAGGAACGCGAGGUUCUCGAUCAACUUCUUUACGCAGAUAGGGCUUGGUGGGUUGACUGAAGGGAUGAGGGAGCAUCUGAAGGAGAUGGAAAGAGUUGCCAAGGAAGAUCGAGAGAAGAAGCUUGGUGGUUCGGAAUCGGAGGUGGAAGAGUCGAGCUCCGAUGAUGAAGGUAGAGAUAGAAAGAGGAGGCGAAGAAAGAGCGACGGAAGAGACAGGAAAAGAAGUAGGAGAGGUUGAAGAAUGCAGCAGCCGAUCAGACAAACAGACAUUUUUUCUGCAACUUGUAAAUAUGUUACAGUCACACUCACCGAAGGAAAUUGUUUCAACAACAUGUUUUUUCAUUCGAUUCUAACAAUGUUCUUUUCCAAUUUCAAUUUCGAAUUUUAAAUCCGCAAUAACUUCUCAUUCUCGUCGAUAUUCUUAAAAUAAAUCUCGAAUAAUCAAACUACAUGCUCAUUUCUUCUUGAAUAGGUAAAGCGCCACCAGCCAUUCUUCGCCAUUGUUGUACCUAAAGAGCUCUGCCACUGCCAUGAAGAACGUUCGCCAGUAGACAGUCCACUUCACAGCCUGAUCCUUGCCGUAGGUGGACUCCAUUAUCGGCUUGAUGGAACCCAUGUUCUUGUCCAUCCUUUUCAGCCACUCCUCACUGCAAGCAUUCAGUACGGUAUCGAUUAGCAUUCGGUACAAUGUUGGAGGAGAAAGCUAAGCAAAUCAGUUCUGGGUAUUCUAUGUAAGAAAAUUCUCAGACAGUUGCAUAUCCUCACCUUGUCUGUGCAUAAUGAUUUCCAUUCACAAGCCACUGAUCUACAACUGAGACAUCAUCCUACACGCAUGUACGUUUCAACUCGGUGAGAAGUAAGGCAACUAUAGUAUCAAGUAGGGUUGCCUAAACCGCGACCUGAUUAGAGAGAUGGAUCGAAAUUUCACCUGGAAAUAGAGCAAGAGAUUAGCAGAAGGCAUUGUGCCUCCACUGAAGAAGUACCUAGCUAGCCAAUCCUCCUCUUGAUUGUCCUGAACAAAAACAAGCAGAAACUCGUGUUUGUAACCGCAAAUCAGAGCCCACCACACUCAGCAAACUUGGGUUCAAAGCCAUAGGUACCUCAAAAUGAUAUGGAAACACCUUGUGGCAGAAGUGAUGAACGAAAAGGCGGCCAUCUUGUUUCAUCCACUUGGAUAUCUUUCCCAGCAGAUCUCUGUAGUUCUUCAUAUGCUGUUUUGCACAACAGUACAGUUAACAAAUCUAUGAUCUCCUGACAAAGCAGGGACAAAGGGCACUACAUUACCUCAAACAUCUCGAUCGAGUAUAUUCGAUCAAAGGAAGCCUCCAUUUCAAACUUGCUAAUAUCAGCAACAUGUAUCUCUACAUUCUGCAACUGGCGAUCCCUAUCGAAAACCGAAAAGAAACAAAAGCGGGGAAACCUUAAAUAAACCUGAAUUUCCUCCCUUUCUUGAUGGCAUGGUUACACGUCGAUAACAAGGUUGGAGAUCGAACAGUAUAGCAUACCGACAUUGGUCCUCGAUGAACGCUUUCUGAGUCGUGGAAUUGCAGAUCCCAGUGACCUUACAGUUACUGUACUUGGAUGCAAUGUAGAGGACGAGCGAACCCCAACCGCACCCGAUAUCAAGCACUGUCUGUCCAUCUUUCAGCUCCGACCUCUCGCAGUACAGUUCCAGCAUUGCCGCCUCAGCAUCCUCCAGUGUACUUCCCUUGUCAGAGAAAUAGCAGCAACUGCAAGAAAAGCAAAAUAGUUAACACAAGUCCUCACAUAUAUGUGACGAGAUGAGUUCGCCGAGCAACCCAAUUGAGCUAUCUACCUGUACUUGAGGUGCUUCCCCAGCGCGAGGCGGAAGAAGGAGGUCGGGACUUCGUAGUGCUGUUCUUUCGGCUUCUCUGUCUGGACAGCAAUAGGCAUCUCCUUCAGAGCUGCAAACCACAACAACAGAAAAACAAGCAAGACAAGACAACCCUCAAGUUGGAAUCCAAACAACAAAACAGAAGAAACACA